AAAUCCCGCCGCCCGGCGAGCGCCUGCCGCGUGCGCCACCACGCGUCACUCCACCUGUCCCCGCUCCCCCGUCGACAUCCGGCCUACAUAGACACGGAGCAACACACCUCGGCUCGACACAUCUCCCUCCCAGUCGCAGUCCAUCCACUCCCCGUCCGUUCCCCAACCAGCAACAAGCAAGCAUCUUCUCUCCUUCCGUCGCGACGAUGAGCGGCGGCGGCAUCGAAUCGUCCUUCUCGGGGAGCUAUGGCGUGGGCGCGGCGGGGGUGGCGCCGUUCGUGGCCAAGACGUACGGGAUGGUGGACGACCGGGCCACCGACGCCGUCGUCGCCUGGGGGCCCGCCGGCAACAGCUUCGUCGUGGCCGACCCCUUCGCCUUCUCGCAGGCGCUCCUCCCGGCGCACUUCAAGCACGCCAACUUCUCCAGCUUCGUCCGGCAGCUCAACACCUACGGCUUCCGCAAGGUGGACCCGGACCGCUGGGAGUUCGCGCACGCCUCCUUCCUCCGCGGCCAGACGCACCUCCUGCGCCACAUCGUCCGGCGCCAGAGCGGCGGCAAGCGCGGCGGCAAGGACGGCAAGGAGGUCGGCGACGAGGAGGAGGAUGAGGAGAGCAGCAGCGCGGUGUUGGCGAUGGAGGUGGUCCGGCUGAGGGAGGAGCAGAGGGCCACCGAGCAGCGCGUGGCGGAGAUGUGGCGCCGGGUGCAGGACGCCGAGCGCCGGCCCAAGCUGAUGCUCGCCUUCCUCCUCAAGGUCGUCGGCGACCCCGACGUGCUGCGCCGCCUCGCCGGCAGCUCAGCCUCAGUUAGCGGCCUGGAUGAGGGCGCGGAGGAGGUCAAGAGGCCGCGGCUGCUCCUCGACGGGGACGGCGUGGGGGUGGACGGGCUGUUGUACCACCACGGCGGCAACCUGAACAUGGAGGAGGCCCUGGUGCCGGAGCCGAGCGUGGACAUGUACUACGCCGGAGGCGACGGGUUCGGCGGCGUGCAGGCGGACGGCGGGCCGCCGUACGCUUUCCACAUGGACAGCGGCUACUGAGGGCCGUGGGUUCGGCCUUGGGCGGCUGGUGUGCGUGCUUCCGCCGUCGAACACCCGCCCGAAUUGCUCUGCUCUGUGUGUAUGUAGAGAAAGGAGGCUAGAUAGGGGAAGGCUCUGACUUGUGGCUGUACUGUAGAGGAGAUGGAAUCUCAAUCUGUGAGACGUAUAGUGUUUUUUCUUUUACUGUGUUUUAGCCCAGCAACUUUUGAUCGGGUGAGAUGUGUAAAACCUGCGUUGGUGUGAGAAAUAGAGAAACUUUGGCAUCCAAAUGGCUUGGCAGUAAUGUCCAAUGCUGGAGGCAUCACAUCUCUGUUUUUAAUCGCAGCACCUGGUUGGUUGAAUUUGAAGCAUACAUCCAAAGUUGGAAAGUUGUGUUGAGAGGCAAGGAUCUGUUCUGCUCAGGUCUCCUCUCCAUUGCUGCUGGAUACCCUUUUUUAUUUUCUUUUUCUUUUUUUGCUUGCUUGAUGAAGAUGAAGUCCACAUGAUCCGUAGGCCGUAGCUGAUGGAGUGCUGUUUGGAAGAUCAACCUUUUCCUUUCCCCCUUCCCAUCCCACUCUGUUUUUUCGAGCAGUAAUGGUAUCUUGACCAGACAAACUUCU